ACACCAACUCCCAGCCCAAUUUUAGAUAACGACGAAUUACAUGAUCCAACGGGAACAAAACUAUUCUUCUUCCGACUAUUUUAAUCUCAAGAUUCCACCUACUUCCAGAGUGUUCUUGCUUUCUUCUCAGGGGCAGCUUUGCUCGGGUUCCUGUCCGGAGUGGAAUCAUAGAGCUGCAUUAUGGGGCAAAGAAGGAGAAAUAAAAAGCAGAAGAAGCCUAUAGAUAUUGAUUGGGCAGGUUUGCCUGACAAUAUUCUUGAGAUAAUCUUUGAGCGACUGAAUUUGAUGGAUUGCAUGUCUGUUAGUGAGGUUUGCAAAUCUUGGAGACAUGUUGUUGCACAAGAACUUUCUGGUUGGCAAGGGCAUGGGUUUCCAUGGCUCUUGAUGUCUGGUGAGAAAGACAAAAGGGUAAGGACUUGUCUUAGCAUACUACAGGAGCAAGAGUGGGAGAUGUUGCUUCCGGAGGCUUAUGGUAGAUACUGCUGGGGGUCAUACCAUGACUGGUUGAUUCUAGUAAAAGAUCUUGGCUCUUUCAGGCUUGAUAUUAGCUUGUUUAACCCAUUCACUCGGAAACAAAUUGAUCUUCCCGGAGCAUGGAACUUGUAUCACAAGAUGGUUCUCUCAAGGCUUCCCUCUCUUGAAAACUUUAUCUGCAUGCUGGUUCAUAGUCACUCCCAGAAGCUUGCCUUUUGGGUCCCAGGAGCUCAAUCAUGGCUUGAGCAUAAGCUAGAUGGUGAACCAUUUGUGGAUGCUGUCUUCUCCAAUGGAAGUUUCUAUCUCAUUGGCAAUGAUUAUAACAUUUGGGAAAUUAAGGGUGCUGAUAUUUUUGCUGCCAUUAAUAGAGUCAAUGCAUCUCCCCCUGAUGCUUUUGAUGUCGAAAGGCAUUUCCAUGAAGUAACUAUGCCAGAUGAGCAUGAAAAUAAUGGUGUGCUGAAGUAUCUUGUUGAAUCUUGUGGGGAGCUUCUACUUGUUUGUAGGUUCUAUAGUACUAACCCAGGUGCUGUGCUGGUAACAAAUUAUUUUAAGGUAUAUUCACUGGAUUUUAGCCAAAUGUCCUGGAAGAGGGUAGAGAGUUUGGGAGAUCGAAUACUAUUUCUGGGCAAGUGUUGUUCGAGAUCUGUCUCUUCCAGUGGACUUGGUCUUAACAUGACUGAUUGUAUCUAUUUCUCUAAUGAUCAUGCUGUUCCGUGGUGGAACGAAUGGGAUUCUGAUCAUCUUGAUGGCAUUUCAACUCGUCUUGGUUUGGACAAUAGUGGGAGAAAGGAUUGGGGCUUUUUCAGCCUCAGCAACAAGAAUCAUGAAACGUUGUCUAUUCGGUUCCGUGGCAAUCGAGACAGAUGGGGACCUGUUUGGUUUACUGCGCCACAGUGGUGGUGUUGUAAGAAUUUGGUUCUUGCCUAGUACUGAAUUUAUCUCAUCUGAGGGUAUCUUGUUGCAGAACUGCAGUUAGCAUAUCAAGUUAGGAGCUCAUUUCAGGUACAAAUGACAUUGUACAGCCUUGGUGUAGAAGGCACAUUUUGCAAGUAGAUUAGGAUAGUAUCAGACAUGUCACUAUAAUCUAGUAUUGUUAUUAGUGAAAAUCUUUUGUGUCAAGCCCUUGGGUUAGCCCGGGGAAUUUGGUCAGGAUUAUGUUAUCUCAGACGUUUGAUACCUCAAUGGUCGGUGCUUGCACUGUUUAUUGUAAUUUGGUAGUCCAUGUGGAUCUAACCGACCUUUUUACAUGAAGAAAAUGGCUUGCUUUUGUUCAGUU